GCGCGAGAGAGCCCGCGCCCGCAACCCACCAAAGCCAUGGGGAAGAAGCAGCACUCAAAGGACCAGCUGUACAUCACCCAGACAGAGUGGAAAAAGGACUGGGGCGGCGCCAAGUCGAACAAGCACAUCCCCUACAAGGUGCUCCCCUUCGACUGCUGCGCCAUCUCACUGCGGCCGUUCGAAGGCUCUCCCAUGUGCACCGCCGACGGCGUCGUGUUUGACCUCCUCAACAUCGUCCCAUACCUGAAAAAGUACCGGCGCCACCCAGUGACGGGCGGCCCUCUGGCCGCGUCGGACCUGAUCAAGCUCAACUUUCACAAGAACUCGGAGGGCAAGUACCACUGCCCGGUCAUGUUCAAGGUCUUCAACCAGCACACGCACAUCGUCGCCAUCCGCCAGACCGGCAACGUCUUUUCGCACGAGGCUGUCAAGGAGCUCAACCUCAAGGCAAGGUCGAUGCGCGACCUCAUCGACGGCACGCCCUUCGGCAAGAGCGACAUCAUCACCAUCCAGGACCCCUCGGACGGGAGUGCGCGCGAGAUCGGCCACUUCUCCCACGUCGUCGAGGGGCUCGAUGUCGACCACAAGGCGGGCGCGGGCGUGCGGCACAACGACGCGACGGCGCGCAUCCUCGGGAAGCUCUCCUCGACGGCGGCGGAGGCGGCGGCGGCGUCGGCGGCGGCCGCCUCGACGGCGCUCACCAAGGCGACGGGCAAGGCGCCCGCCGAGGGCGCGCCCUCCUCCUCCCGGCUCGAGCCCGCCUCAAAGUUUGCCAAGCCGGCGGCCGCGUCGGCGGCCCCGCGCUGGCUGCAGACGACGGGAGAGCACUCGGCGGGCUUCACUUCGACGGCGCUCACGCCGGUCACCUCGAACGCGAUCGCCGAGCUCUCCGAGGCGGAGGCGUCGAGGCAGCGCUACGCCUUCCUCAAGAAGAAGAAGUACGCGCAGCUGCAGACGUCGCACGGCGCGCUCAACCUCGAGCUGCACGCCGACUCCGUCCCGAUGACGUGCGAGAACUUCCUCGGACUCGCCGAGAAGGGGUACUACGACGGCCUCGCGUUCCACCGGCUGCUUCGCAACUUCAUGGUGCAGGGCGGCGACCCGACGGGCUCGGGGUCGGGCGGCGUGUCGCUGUGGGGGAAGCCCUUCCGCGACGAGAUCUCGAACAAGCUGCGCCACGAGGGGCGCGGCGUCGUCUCGAUGGCCAACUCGGGGCCCGACUCGAACGGCUCCCAGUUCUUCAUCACCUUCAAGUCGGCGGCGCACCUCGACGGUAAGCACACCGUCUUCGGCCGGGUCGUCGGAGGCUUCGACGCGCUCACGCGGAUCGAGGCGGUCAAGACGGACAAGGAGGACCGGCCCACCCAGGCGGUCUCCAUCAGCGGAGUCAACGUCCUCGUCAACCCCUUUGACAACCUCGACGCCGAGAUGGCGGAGGCGCACGAGAGGGAGGCGGACCCGGCCGCCGCCGCAGCCGAGGAGAAGGCGAAGCGCGCCGCCGAGGACGCGCAGGCGUGGUACAACGGCCCGGUGGAGCGGCCGAAGCAGCUGCGCGAGGGGGUGGGCAAGUACAUCGCCGCAGAGCACCUGCGAUACGGCGCGCCGGCGGCGCCGCCCGCCGAGGGGCAAGCCGCGCCGCCAAAGAAGAAGCUCAAAGGCAGCGGCGGCUUCUCCGACUUUUCCGCAUGGUGAGGCGAGAGGCGCCGGGGUAGUGUCUAGUGAGUACGUUUUCUAGAGAGUCGGCCGUUUAAAUACCUGUGAGUGAACAGAACAA